AUGGAUUUGACCCUGAACGGUAAGGUUGCAAUGAUCACGGGCGGCAGUCGUGGUCUCGGUCGUCAGUGCGCCCUGGCCCUGGGCCGGGAAGGCUGUGCGGUCGCCAUUUGCGGACGCGACGGCGAGCAGGUUGAGCAAACCGUGUCCGAGCUGACCGCGCUCGGCAUCAACGCCAACGGCAGCCAGGCCGACGUCACCAGUUCCGACGACGCGGACCGGUUCCUCCAACAGACCACGGCGGCCCUGGGCGCUCCCGACAUUCUGGUAAACAACGUUGGGGGCCGCCGCGGUUCCGUCCUCUUCGACGAGACCUCGAUCGAACAGUUUGUGGAAGGGUUGGAGGUCAACCUCAUUUCAGCGGUCCGCAUGACCAAGCUGGCCUUGCCUCACAUGCAGGCCCAGGGCUGGGGCCGCGUAAUCAACAUCGCCUCGAUCUACGGCCGCGAACACGGCGGUUCCGUGGACUACAUGACCGGCAAAGCCGGGAUGAUCGCCUUCUCCAAGCACCUGGCCCUGCAACUGGCCCAGACUGGCGUGCUGGUGAAUUGCGUGGCCCCCGGCAGCAUCGAUUUCCCCGGGAGCACCUGGGACCGUUUCCAGCAGAACAACACCCCCGAGGUUGUGGGCGAGUUCAUCGACCGCAAUCUCCCCAUGGGCAAGUUCGGCUGGCCGGAACCCAUCGGGGAAACUGUGGCGUUCCUGGCCUCGGAUCGGGCGGGCCUGAUCACCGGCGCCUGCAUCAACGUGGACGGCGGUCAGUCCAAGUCACUGUUCUAG